UAAUGUGGCAGUGAGCGGCUCACCGAUGUCUCGAAAAGACUUUGCCAGACGGAGUGAAAUGGAUUUUGACUAUAACGGAGAAUAAUUUUGUCUCAAUGUGUGUCACACAGAAUAUUAGUGAUGAGGUGGUUUCUGUGGAUACUGCUGUUAGCCAGUGGUCUUUAUCAGAUCGUGUCCCAAAACUCCACCGACAUGCCCGUUGUGACCACAGAUUUACACCCCGUCAACAGGACACAGUACUGUAAAUGGCCGUGCAAGUGUCCCAAGAGCGCCCCCGUGUGCGCUCCGGGGGUCAGUCUACUUACAGACGGCUGUGACUGCUGCAAGGUAUGUGCAAAACAGAUGGGUGCAACCUGCAACGAAAGAGACACCUGUGACUACCAUAAGGGAUUGUACUGUGACUACAGCGCUGACAAGCCUAGAUACGAAAAAGGAGUGUGUGCAUAUCUGAUGGGGACAGGCUGUGAAUAUGAUGGUGUGAUUUACCGAAACGGCCAGAGUUUCCAGCCCAGCUGUAAGUACCGCUGCCUGUGUGUGAAUGGGGCAAUUGGGUGCGUGUCGCUGUGCACCGACGCCCCGCCACCCCGGGUUUGGUGCCAGUCAGCCAAGAAGGUGAGAAUUCCAGGCCGCUGCUGUGAGCAGUGGAUCUGCGACGAGUUUCAAAAACCACGCAAGACCAGGCCCAGGCAUGCUCCCGAGGUGGCUCUAAGCACCAAUGAGAUCUGGCACAAAAACUGCAUUGCCCAGACUACCCCUUGGAGCCCCUGCUCGAAGACCUGUGGGCGGGGUGUAUCUAUGCGAAUUUCCAAUGAAAACACCCAGUGUGAGAUGGAGAAAGAAACCCGAAUGUGCAACAUUCGCCCCUGUGAGGUGGACAUCACCAAAUACUUUCGGCCAGGAAAAAAGUGCCUGAACAUCUACCGUGAGCAGGAGUUCCAGAACUUCACCAUCUCCGGCUGUGUCAGUAAGAAACCAUACUGGCCCAAAUACUGCGGUGUGUGUUCUGAUGAACGCUGCUGCAUUCCGUACAAGUCAAAGACCAUCGAGGUGGAAUUUCAGUGUCCCAACGGGUCAGUCUUCACUUGGAAGUACAUGUGGAUCAAUGCUUGCUUCUGCAACCUCUCUUGCAGGAACCCCAAUGACAUCUUUGCUGAGCUGGAGCCCUUCUUUGAGCCCAGCGAGAUCAUGAAUUGAGAAGGGCAGUGAUAAUACCAUAGACCCUCUGCCAUAUGACAUUCUCUGCAGGGAUCAAUGCUCACAUGAGUAUUGAUCAUAAGUGGAUUCAGAAGGUCAAAGUGCAGUAAGGAAUAUUUCAUCUAUGUGUUCAGGUUAUAUAUGUGCACGGUUAACAUGCAACCUGACUGAGCAAAAGUUUCAGUAAUGCGUUUUAAGGCUCCAUGGGGUACACAGCUUGGAAGGAAUUAAAGUUGGCAGGUCAUUCGGAACUUUUACAGAAAGGAUGAUAAAUUUAAUUUACGUUCGCCAAAAGGCUGGCGUUCCUUGUGCACAGAGCAGCCAAAGAGCUUAUGCAAUCUUCACUUGAUCCGAGAGAUAUGGAAAUGUUUAUUUCACGUCAGAAUCAACUGUUAAAACUUUUGAAAUAUGAAAAUGAAAGUAAAUGAAAAUGAAAAUGAAAGUAUGAAAGCAAAAUUCGGCAUUCUAGUUUGUGGCCUGUCAUGCAGGCACAUACGGGCAUGGCAGAACUACUAAUCAGCACAGAGUGGUGCAAGUACAGAACGAGAUUGGGUCAGAAUCAAUACAUGAUCCAAAACUAUGGUUAGGCGUGCCGCCGUAAUGUCCCAGCAGAAUAACUCCUCUUUCCCAUUAAAAGCCGAGUGUGAGCCGGUAACACAGUGCAGUGACCAUUUCGUCCUGACGGCGAGCAUGCAGGAACUGCAGUGCCAAAGGAAUUCACUGAUGAGGAAACAGACAUACUGUAACAAUAAUCUCUUGUUUUUAUAAUAAUAAGUAUAAACAACAGUACUACAAAAAUAAUUAACAACACCAACGAUAAUUAUGAUAAUGAAUAUUGUCAUUAUUGUUGUUCACUGUGAUAAGAAUAAAAUGAAUGGCUACAUAA